AUGGACUCUUCAUUGUCACCAAGCCCCUUUGAUCCCACCAAAACUCCAAACACAGAGCCAAAGAAAAGCUUCAUGUCCUCUCUCAUCCCCCUCCGCUCCAACCACCUCAAAGAAGACACUUACUUCGUGUCCGAACUCAAACCCACCGAGCAGAAAUCACUCCAAGAACUCAAAGAGAAGCUCUCAGCUUCCUCCUUCGGAGCUUCCUCCAUGUGGGGUGUCCCUCUCCUCGGUGGAGACGACAGAGCUGACGUCAUCCUCCUCAAGUUCCUCAGAGCAAGAGACUUCAAGGUCGGUGACUCGCUGAGGAUGCUCGAGAAGUGUUUGGAGUGGAGAGAAGAGUUCAAAGCAGAGAAACUAACCGAAGAAGAUCUUGGUUGUUUCAAGGAUUUGGAAGGUAAAGUCGCUUACAUGAGAGGAUACGACAAAGAAGGACACCCCGUGUGUUACAACGCGUACGGUGUGUUUAAAGAGAGAGAGAUGUACGAGAGAGUGUUUGGUGACGAAGAGAAACUCAAGAAGUUUCUGAGAUGGAGAGUUCAGGUUCUGGAGAGAGGUGUUAAGAUGCUUCAUUUCAAACCUGGUGGUGUUAAUUCUAUGAUUCAAGUCACGGAUCUUAAGGAUAUGCCUAAGAGAGAGCUUAGAGUUGCUUCGAACCAGAUCCUUUCUCUCUUUCAGGAUAAUUACCCUGAGAUGGUUGCUACUAAGAUAUUCAUUAAUGUCCCUUGGUACUUCAGUGUCAUCUACUCAAUGUUCAGCCCGUUCUUGACACAUAGAACAAAGAGCAAGUUUGUAAUGUCCAAAGAAGGAAAUGCAGCUGAAACACUCUACAAGUUCAUAAGACCGGAAGAUAUUCCGGUGCAGUACGGCGGUCUUAGCCGCCCUACUGACUCACAAAAUGGACCGCCAAAACCGGCAUCUGAAUUCUCUAUUAAGGGCGGUGAGAAAGUUAACAUUCAGAUCGAAGGCAUUGAGGGGGGAGCAACUAUAACAUGGGAUAUAGUAGUUGGAGGAUGGGACUUAGAGUACACGGCAGAGUUCGUACCAAACGCUGAAGAGAGCUAUGCAAUUGUGGUGGAGAAACCAAGAAAGAUGAAAGCUUCAGAUGAAGCUGUGUGCAACUCUUUCACAACAGGAGAAGCUGGGAAACUCAUUCUCUCUGUUGAUAACACUUUGUCCCGCAAGAAGAAAGUUGCUGCUUAUCGUUACACUGUCCGGAAAUCUACUACAGCCGUCUAAGACCUCGUUGUUCUGAAGAUAUGGGUUUCUUAUUACUACUUUUUUUUUUUGGUUCUGUUGAGGAUUUUCUUUCUUGAGUUUGAGUACUAGGUUUGUUUGCGCAACGGUCGUGUUGAACCGGUUUCAAAUAUGCGAGGCGAUAUGUAUAAAAACAAUGAUUGUAUGACAUUUUAAUGGUUGGUUUAAUGUUUAACUUUAGACGGAAAAGCGAGUGUGGCUAUCUUUUAUGCUUGUUUGGCUUAUCGCCAGACAUUUGAACACAGUUUGUCUAUGUUGCAUUCUCAGAGAGUAUUGAGUAUUGGCAUUUUUGAUACCCAA